AUGUCUCUUUUCGUAAGAGAAGAGUCUGAUGAAGAAGAGCUUGUCUUAGAACUUUCAAGGCAUGAAGAAGAUGAAGAAAACGUUAGACAAAGGGAGGAAGAGGCUCUUUAUCCUCUUAUACCUGACGAUGAUGAUGAUCACAUGAAACCGAACCUGGAGGACAUCAGACCUGUUGACAUUCAGCUUUCACUAGCAUUGCCUUUUCAGCAGUUAAUUGUUGAGAACAUGUUAAUUUCUGAAGACUGCAUGCUUGUUUUAGGAAAGGGUUUGGGUAUUGAACCCAUUAUUGCCAAUUUGUUGUAUGUUUUAGCAACCCCAACGAGGAUAGAUGGCCAAGAAAAAAGAUCAUUGGUGAUCGUUCUCAAUGCCAAUGAACAGGACAACAAUGUUAUAAAGGAGGAAAUUAUGGAACUUUCAUGGACUAGUGAGGCUGAAGACUAUCAAAGGCCUUUUAAUGUCGUUACUGCAGACACCCUCUCAAUAGAUCAACGGCAAAAGCUCUAUUUAGAAGGGGGCAUAAUAUCUGUUACAUCACGAAUUUUGAUUGUGGAUCUUCUCUCUGGAAUUAUACAUCCAAACCGAAUCACAGGAAUUGUGAUUUUGCAUGUCGAGAAUCUGCAUGAUUUCUCUAACGAAUCAUUUAUUACAGACAUGUACCGUUCUAUGAAUAAGUGGGGGUUCAUUAAAGGUUUUUCAGAGUCACCAGAAUCAUUCGUGACUGAAUUCUCACCUUUGGCUAGGAAACUGAAAGAUUUACGAUUGAAAAAAACACUACUUUGGCCUCGCUUUCAUGUGGACGUUUCGGCGUGUCUAAAUAUGCAGAAGGACAACAAAGUCAUGGAGGUUAAGGUAUCUUUAUCUAAUUCGAUGUCUCAAAUUCAAUAUGGUCUCUUCGGCUGUCUGAAAAAAUGUAUCGAAGAACUUAACAGAAAGAAUCCCACACUGGCUCUUGAAUCUUGGGAUGUUGAGAAUUGUCUUCAUGAAAACUUUCUUAAGUCAAUACACGCAGUACUUACACCAAAUUGGCACAGAAUAUCGUUUGAGUCGAAGCAGUUAGUUAAAGAUAUAAGCACAUUGAGAAAAUUAUUGCAUGCACUAAUAAGCUAUGAUGCUGUGGACUUCUAUGAAAUCAUAAAGAUAAUUCUCGACGCAAAUAAGCCAUCUGUAACAAGGAAAUAUUCCGAAUCGCCUUGGCUGAUGGCUGAGGAAUCUCAAGCCGUUAUAUCGUAUGCUAAAAAGAGAGUGUUCGAUGGUAAUGAAUAUGAACUCGAGGAGCUGCCUAAAUGGGAACAGCUUAUGGCCAUUCUCGAGGAUAUUUCUGAUGAGAGGGGCAACUCCGUGGGUUCUUUAGGUCCAACUUUGAUAAUGUGUUCGGAUGACAAAACUUGUAAACAGCUCAAACAGGUUUUAAGCUAUAGUGAUAGAAAAGUUGGUUGCAGAAGACAUAUGAUGAACAAAAUUCGCGCAUAUAUGCAUAGACGCGAAGAUCUUAAAAAGACAACGAAAGAAAUCCAAGAGGAAUAUGAAAACGAACGAAUUAAUAGUGAACUACAGGUUUCACGUGCUUUUGCAAAAGAAGAAAUUGAAAGUAAGAGGCGACGUACCCGAGGUGCCGCCGCAAUUGCCGCCGUUGAUAGAUUAAAGCGGGCAUCUUCUUCAAGUGGGGAGGACAUCGAAGAGAUGAUGUCACUUGAGAAUAUCGACCAAGAAUUGAAUAUGAUACUAGAAGGUACAAGCGAUGAACCAUCUCAAUUUGAAAGAUCACAAUAUGCGGAGUCAUCGAAUGAAGAAGAUGAACUAAUGUUGCUGGAGGAAAGUAUGAAGAUCGAAGAAUCUCUUCCUUCAAAAGAUAGCAAAGCUGAUCAGUUAGCACAUAUUAAUACUGAGGAUUAUCAAUAUGUCGAAAGAGAAGAUCAGAUUAUUGUGGAAAAAUUCUAUAAUAAGAGCAAUGACUUGCUAUUACAAGAGAUAAUGCCUCAGUACAUCAUCAUGUAUGAACCGCACCUUUCUUUUAUACGAAGAGUUGAAGUCUACAAGGCGGUUUACAAAGAACUUUCUCCUAAGGUUUAUUUCAUGUAUUAUGGUGAUAGCGUGGAAGAACAAAGUCAUUUACUUGCAAUCAAAAAGGAGAAAGAUGCAUUCACUAAAUUAAUUCGAGAGCACUCAAAGAUGGCCCAGCACUUUGAAACCGAUGAAGAUCUCUCGAGAUAUAAGAAUUUAGCACAGCGAAAGCUUCAAUUAACUCGAACAGUACGAAAUACAAGGAUUGCCGGGGGGCAAGGAGCGGCUGAAGUAGUUACCAGAGACGUUGUCGUUGUCGAUACGAGAGAGUUUAGAGCACCUCUUCCGGGACUUCUUUACCGAUAUGGUGUAAAGGUAGUUCCCUGCAUGCUGACGGUAGGUGAUUAUAUAGUUUCCCCUGAGAUAUGCAUAGAAAGAAAGUCCAUAUCAGACUUAAUCGGUAGUUUCAAAAGUGGCAGACUCAUAGAUCAAUGCAAGAAGAUGGUAAAGUACUAUAAGUACCCUACUCUUUUGAUCGAAUUCGAUGAUGACGAUUCCUUUUCCCUUGAACCUUUCAGUGAGCGUCGAUACGCUACCAAAUCCUCGACAUCCCAUCCUAUUGGAAGUCAACUUAUGCAAGAUGAAAUUCAAUUGCAAAUUGCUAGUCUUAUCAUGAAGUUCCCUUCACUGAAAAUCCUGUGGUCAUCAUCUCCCUUGCAGACGGUUAACAUAUUUCUUGAUUUAAAGGCUGGACGCCAGCAACCUGAUCCUACUUUAUGUGUUGCAGUUGGUGUUACUAAAAAACCAGACUCAGAUUCAAAACAAAAAAAUGCAAACGAUCAAAGUUUGAAGGGGCUUUUAACGAUACCUGGACUUUCAAAUAUUGACUAUUUCAACAUAGUAAAAAGGGUUAAGAAAUAUUCGAGCUUGCAAAAACUCAGUAAGGAGCAGCUUGCUGAUUUGCUAAACGAUCCUGAUCUUUCUGAGCGCAUUUACAAUUUUGUCAAGGAAAAUGACGAGCAUUAA